AUGCAGCUCUCAAACUUCCUUACCAUCCUCGCCAUUGCCCUCCCUAUCUCCAUGGCCGCGUCGCUCCAGCGACGUCUCGAAUGCAGUGACCCAGGACAUCCGUGCAAUACCUACUAUUCCCAUCCAGACUGCUCUCCCGACUAUGUCAAGACACUGAAAGAGUGCCAAGCAACAGGUUGCAUCCAGUGGUUCCGGGACCCGCUUGAACACUGCACGAAAUGUGAUGCCCCGGAUAAUGCGUGCAAUACGUACACAAACUACAAAGAGUGCUCCCCAGAGUAUAUUGCGGACGUGAAAGAAUGUCAGUAUAACGGGUGUAUUACUUGGAUUAGGGACCCGCUUGCGGAUUGUUACUAG